AUCUAGAAGCAUAGUCUACGCCAAUCUUCCGUUGGAGUUGGCGUGCCGUAGUCCCCGGUCUCGUCAUCCUUCGCUCCUAUAAAUGGCUCCAUCCGAUCCCUUCCUGCUUUCAUUAUUGUCGUUGGAGUCGGUGCCUGCGGCGGGCAGAGAUGUCUCUGAGGCCGAGCGAGCGGGUGGAGGUCCGGCGAAACAGGUACAAGGUCGCCGUCGAUGCGGAGGAGGGACGACGGCGGAGAGAGGACAACAUGGUGGAGAUCCGCAAGAACCGUCGGGAGGAAAGCCUCCAGAAGAAGCGGCGAGAGGGGAUGCAGGCGCAGCCAUUUCCGCAGCCGAUCCACGCCUCCGCCGUCGAGAAGAAGUUAGAAAGCCUUCCGGCUAUGGUGUCGGGUGUUUAUUCGGAUGAUAGAACUCUGCAGUUGGAGGCAACCACACAAUUCCGUAAAUUGCUUUCUAUAGAAAGAAACCCUCCAAUCGAGGAGGUUAUUCAAUCAGGGGUGGUUCCUCGAUUUGUGGAAUUCCUUACUAGGGAGGAUUAUCCGCAACUUCAGUUUGAAGCUGCUUGGGCCCUCACCAACAUUGCCUCAGGUACCUCAGAGCACACUAAAGUUGUGAUAGAUCAUGGGGCCGUUCCAAUUUUUGUGAAGCUUCUCAGUUCCCCUAGUGAUGAUGUCAGGGAGCAGGCAGUGUGGGCUUUAGGGAAUGUUGCUGGUGACUCUCCAAGAUGUCGAGAUCUUGUCCUUGCUAGUGGCGCAUUGAUCCCCCUUCUGCUGCAGCUAAAUGAGCAUUCCAAGCUAUCCAUGUUGAGGAAUGCCACUUGGACCCUCUCAAAUUUCUGCAGGGGCAAGCCACAACCAGCAUUUGAGCAGGUUAAGCCUGCUCUUCCAGCACUCGAGCGGCUUAUUCAUUCAAAUGAUGAGGAAGUUCUAACUGAUGCAUGCUGGGCGCUUUCAUAUUUGUCAGAUGGUACCAAUGACAAAAUACAAGCUGUGAUUGAAGCAGGUGUUUGUGCUCGCCUUGUUGAGCUUCUUAUGCAUCCUUCACCUUCUGUGCUUAUUCCAGCCCUUCGUACUGUUGGUAAUAUUGUCACUGGAGAUGAUAUGCAAACACAGUAUGUAAUAGAUCACCAAGCACUUCCUUGUCUGUUGAACCUCUUGACCCACAAUCAUAAGAAAAGCAUCAAGAAGGAAGCUUGCUGGACCAUCUCAAAUAUCACAGCUGGAAACAAGGAACAAAUUCAGGCUGUGAUUGCUGCUGGCAUCAUCGGUCCUUUAGUGCAUCUGCUGCAGACUGCAGAAUUCGAGAUAAAGAAAGAAGCUGCAUGGGCCAUUUCAAAUGCUACUUCCGGUGGUGCACAUGAACAAAUAAAGUAUCUAGUUUCCCAGGGCUGCAUCAAGCCCCUGUGUGACCUCCUUCUCUGCCCUGAUCCAAGGAUCAUUACCGUGUGUCUGGAAGGGCUUGAGAAUAUCCUGAAGGUCGGUGAGGCAGAGAAGAACCUCGGAGUUCCUGGAGGCACUAAUCCAUAUGCCCAGCUGAUUGAGGACGCCGAGGGCUUAGAUAAAAUUGAGAAUUUUCAGAGCCAUGACAACACUGAGAUAUAUGAGAAAUCUGUUAAGAUUCUUGAAACAUAUUGGUUGGAAGAGGAAGAUGAUGCAAUGCCAGGUGAUACUACUCAAACAGGAUUCGACUUUGGCAACAAUGACCAGUCAGUUCCUUCUGGUGGAUUCAACUUUGGCUGAAAGGGUCUCCUAUGAGGAAUGAGUGAAGGACUGUGCCCGGCUCGGGGCUAUGGUUUUGCUUAAAAGUCAGUUUGUGCGAAGUGGCUACGUUGUUAGUUGGGUCCCGUUGGUCAAAUCAGGCGUCCAUGGAGGGACCGACAGUCGAGUUUACUUAAGAUGCCAUGUUUUGGUUCUCUGCAGAUUUAUAUGAUUUCUUGCUGUCAGUUUAUGUAUGUCAGGGAGGAAGACAUGAUUUUGCAUUUCAGAGGUUUUUUUUCUAAUAUCUCAUUUCAGUUUAUUUAUAAGGAUGCCAUUUCUUGCUUCCUGUAUGGUGUGAGACCAUGUUUUUCUUUUUUGAGUUCAGUGAAGUUUGUUCUUGGUUAGUCAGCAUGAAUUAAUGCAAUCGAUUGGCUGCUGGAUUUUUAGAUUGUGUU